AUGUUCCAUAAAAAGAACAGUGAUUUUUUAUAUAUUUUAUUAUUUUUCAUUUGUUUAUUAAAAAUAAAUGUGUGCCAACAAGAAGACCAGAUUCGAGCUUUGGAGAAACGAAUUCAAGACUUGGAAGCUCGCCAGCAACAAUAUCCAGAAGUGAAAUUUUUAACAUAUAAAGAUCGUAAAAGAAUUCUGGUUACUGGCGGAGCUGGUUUCGUCGGAUCGCAUCUUGUUGAUCGAUUGAUGCUUCAAGGUCAUGAAGUAAUUGUAGCUGAUAAUUUUUUUACUGGUCGUAAACGCAAUAUUGAACAUUGGAUUGGUCAUGAAAAUUUCGAAUUAAUCAAUCAUGAUAUUGUCAAUCCACUUUUUAUCGAAGUUGAUCAAAUCUAUCAUUUGGCUUCGCCAGCAUCUCCACCACAUUAUAUGUAUAAUCCAGUCAAAACAAUUAAGGUCAAUUCCAUAGGAACUAUUAAUAUGCUCGGUUUGGCACGUCGUGUUCGCGCUCGGCUUUUAUUUGCUUCAACAAGUGAAGUUUAUGGUGAUCCAGAAGUCCAUCCACAAAAAGAAUCCUAUUUCGGCAAUGUUAAUUCAUUUGGACCACGAGCUUGUUAUGAUGAAUCAAAACGUGUUGCUGAAGCUAUGUGUUAUGCAUAUGCUCAACAAGAACAUAUUUCUAUUCGUAUAGCUCGAAUAUUUAACACAUACGGUCCACGUAUGCAUAUGAAUGAUGGACGCGUUGUUAGUAAUUUUGUUUUGCAAGCUCUACAAAAUGAAUCCAUUACGAUCUAUGGCAAUGGAAAACAAACGCGCUCAUUUCAAUACGUCAGCGAUCUUGUUGAUGGUCUUCUUGCUUUGAUGAAUAGUAAUUAUUCGAUGCCUAUGAAUUUAGGUAAUCCGGAUGAAUACACAAUUGAAAAUUUUGCAAUAAAAAUAAAAGAGCUUGUUGACUCAAAUGCUCCAUUGGAGUAUCACGAUGCAGUUGUUGAUGAUCCAAAACAACGUCGACCUGAUAUAACAUUAGCCAAAUCAUGGCUUAAUUGGGCACCAAAGAUUUCACUUAAUGAGGGUCUUCAUAAGACAAUUGAAUAUUUCCGUAAUGAACUCCAUGUCAAACAUCACAGUGAACGUAAUAUAUUUUUUCCCGAAGAAAAUUUACAUUCCUCAACCAUAAAUCCAGUUGCAUCCAGCAAUCAUAUCGAACUAUAA